AUGUACCGACGCGCCGUUGCUGCUGCCAUACCCGCCGUCACUGCCAAGAAUGCACGGUCAAUCUCGCAGUACAACUUUGGUCAGAAACCCCUGACUGAGUCGUGGUCACCGACUGGCCGCUCAACUCCCGCGGCAGCCGGUUCUGCUGCGCAGUCAGCUGGCAUUGGUGAGGCGAAGACGACGCUACUCCCUAAUGGAACCCGAAUCAUCACGCAGCAGCGGGGUGGUCCUGUGGUGUCAAUCGGUGCCUAUAUUCUUGCGGGUCCUGCUUACGAUCCAGUUGGCUGUCCGGGCCUUCAUCAUCUGAUGCAUACCGCACUCACGACAAGCAACUACAAUAACUCACUCUUCCAACUGGACCGCAGUAUUCGCAGUACUGGUGCUUCGUUCUCUCACUUUGAGAAAGAUAAGUACUACAUCGGGCUUCGACUUGAUGCUCGUGUUGACAUGUGGAAGAGUAAUACAAGCGGUGCAACAAGCGAUGCGAAGCGGUUUGAUCUUAACCUCUUACAAGAUACAAUAUUCACCGCGAUUUCUGCUCCAAGAUUCCACGAACCGGAUUUGGAGCGCUUUCGGGACACAAUUGAUAACAACCUGAAGGAGUUACGUUGGCAGCGCCCAGCGCAGUAUGCUAUUCAACAACUUGAAACCGUUGCAUUUUACAAGGAGCCGCUGGGUAACCCCCGCCACGUUCCAGAGUGGAGUAACGGGCGCAUUACAAGCAAGGCUUUGCUCGAUCAGUAUGCCAGAUAUGUAACUCCAGAUCGUGUCGUUGUUGCCGGUGUCAAUAUGGAGCACGAUGAACUCGUCGCCGAGUAUGAAAGCAACCCAUAUCCGCAUUCUAGCAACGCCCCGCACCACGCCGCGUUUGCCAAGGGUCUGGGCAAACCUGCUUUUGACAUCACGAAUGAACACUCCCAGUACAGCGGCGGUGAACUCCACGAACACGAAGACCGGCCAAAGGAAAUGUGUACGAAACCAGAUAUGGACACCGAGACCGCCAUUGCAGUCGGUUAUCUUGCGUUUGGUCGCUCCAAAACGUCCUUGCAGCGCUAUGUGGCCACUCUUGUUUACCAACAGCUGUUCAACAUAGUCAUCCACGACAGUUUACGCUACGAGCAAGAUGUCGUGCUGGACGGUGUGCGAUCGUUUUACCUACCGUAUCACUCUGCUGGACUUGUGGGAUUCACCGCUAUAACCUCGCCAGAAAAUGCUGUGCCGCUGGUUAAAGCGACAAUGAAGGGCAUUCAGAACGUGAAAUUUGAUAAUGCAGCACUAUUGGAAGCAGCCAAGCACCGCGCUGCGGUUGAACUAACAAGUCAGUGCUGGGAUUCGUCUCGCGACAUAUGUGACUAUCUGGGCACAAGUUUGUCUCUUGACGCCAAGGCUUCCAACUCAACACAAUACUUAAAUCCCUCAGAGGUGCUAGCGGCUGUUCGCAACGUCACAGCCAGUGAGUUGAAAGAAGUGAAAGAGUGCAUGAUGGGCUCAAAACCCUCACUGUUUGGGCACGGGGAGAUGUUGGCCUUCCCUUCACUCCGUCAGUUGGGAGCGUAA